ACUACACCUCCCAGCAGGCAGCGCGGCAACGCGCCUCCCCCUAUCACGUGACGGGAGGCGGCGGGGGGCUCCACCCGGAAGGGCACGGCAGCGGGACGGCGCGCCGGUGCUACCGGAGCCCCGCGGCGCAGGCGCGGCCAUGGUGUCCGGCAAGCAGCUGGCCGACUUCGGCUACAAGGCCUUCUCCGGUUCCAUGAUGCUGCUGACGGUGUACGGCGGGUACCUGUGCGGCCUCCGCGCCUACCGCCUCCUCCAGCGCCGCCGGGAGCGGCAGUCCGCCGCCGGCCCCGGGAGCUGAGGGCGCCGGGGACCCGGUCCCGGCUGGGGUGGGGGGGGGAAGGAGAGUAAUAAAAACCGUGUGAAAACGCCCAAA